AGUAAGUGACCAACCGCCGCGAACAACGUUCCAUUCGCGCGGGAAAUACGACUUUUUAAAAUUCCGCGCGUAAAAUAACUAACCUACUUUCGCGGCAUUCAAACAUUUGCAAUCAUGUUGGAGUCGACAAAGAUACAUACACCUUCGCAAAUGUCGAGAGUAUUCGAUAUUGCGAAGGAUACAGUACUGUUUCUGUUGCUAUCCUGUUACUAUAUCUUGGAAUCACUCUUCUGGACUUUAAUGCCUAAUGCUAUAAGGCCAAUGAAGAGUCUAAAGGGGGACGUGGUCGUGGUAACCGGCGCGGGAGGCGGAGUUGGCCGACAUUUGUCAAUCAAAUUGGCACGUCUUGGAGCCAAAGUUGUAGCAUGGGAUAUCAACAAAGAAGCUCUACAGAAGACUUGCGACGCACUUACCGAAGAGGGUUAUGAAGUAGCAAGUUACAUCGUGGAUCUCGCAGACAAGAUUUCAGUUUAUACCACUGCUGAAAAAGUAAAGAAAGAGGUGGGAAAAGUGGACAUGCUUAUCAACAAUGCUGGCACGGUGUUUGGAGAAACCUUACUGGAACUGAGCGAUGUUGCCAUAGAGACCACAUACAAAGUCAACAUACUCUCCCAUUAUUGGACAGUAAAAGCAUUCUUGCCCGACAUGAUUAAGUCAGGGAAAGGGCACAUAGUGACUGUGGGCUCGGUGGCCGGCCUGCUCGGUACUUACCGCUGCACCGACUAUAGUGCUACUAAGUUUGCUACCGUCGGCUUCCACGAGAGCUUAUUCACAGAGCUAAGGGCUCACGGCCACAAUACGAUUUACGCUACGCUUGUUUGUCCGUACUACAUCAACACUGGUAUGUUCGACGGCGUGACGCCGCGCCUCAUGCCGAUGCUGGAGCCCGACUACGUGGCCGAGACUAUGAUAGACUCCAUCAGGAAGAACGAAGUCAACUGCGUGAUGCCCGGCUCCGUUAGAUAUCUACUACCGCUUAAGUGUUUGUUGCCAGCUAAAAUGUGCUGGGACCUGAUGCAUCGCGUCAUGAAAGGACCUCAGUCAAUGAUGGAUUUGAAGAAGAAACCAAAUCUGGCUUAAAAUAAUCCAUCUUAAAUCUUAAACUUUUCAAAGUUUAGACACAAAUGUGUAAAAUUGUUAUCUCCAUUUUUUCCAAAGAGAAUGACAAAGAUGGAAAUAUGUUUAAAACCAAUUUACUGGUAUUUAGUCCAGAUUUUUUAUCUGUAUGUUUUUAACGUAGCUAUUAUAGUUCUACGUUAUUACGUUGUUAACAUGUAAAGACUGAAUUAAAUGUUUGUUAAUUUUGAAUGAAGAAUAAAACAUAUACACUUA